AUGUGGCUCGAAAAAUAUGCCCCACAAAGUUUAGACGAAUUGAAAAUCCAUAAGGACAUAACAGAAAGGCUAAAAAAAUUAAGUGCACACAGAGAUUUACCACACAUAAUUUUUUAUGGUGCUCCUGGUGGUGGAAAAAGCACAAGAAUAGACUGUUUAAUAAAAGAAAUUUUCAAGGAAGAAAAGAUUAUAAGGAGACCAGAAUGCAUAACAAAUGCAGAAAAUAAAAUAAAUGUAAAUGUAGUUCAAAGUAAUUACCACUUAGAAUUACAAUGUUUUGAAUUAGGAAUAAAAGAUAAAAUAAUAGUUCAAAAUAUAAUAAAAGAACUAUGUAGUUAUAAAUCCAGCGCUUCAUUUUUUUCGAAAGCACCCAUGUAUAGAAUAUUUGUUUUUAAAGAUGCAGAAUUUUUAAGUGAAGGGGCACAAGCAGGAUUGAGAAGAACAUUAGAAACGUAUAUAAGAAAUGCUAGAGUUAUUUUACACUUGGAACAUUUAUCAAAAAUAAUAGAACCUUUAAAAAGUAGAUGUAUUUGUAUUCGAGUACCUCUACCCACUGAAGAGGAAAUUUUUGAUGUACUAAAAAAUAUUUGUGAACAUGAACAUGUUUCUCCAUCCUAUAGUUCAACUGAUUUUUUCAAAGUAUUAAUUAGCGAGCAUGGAAGAAAUUUACGUAAAUGUAUUAUGGCUCUAGAAAUGACAGUAUAUGCUAAUUCUGUAAAACCUCAUAAAUCUCUUUCUGUUGCAUCUACAUACAUAAAUGAAUUAUGUGAUUUUGCUUUUAUCAAUCCGACUCAAAUUAAAAUGAAAGAGUGUGUCACAAAAAUCCAGAGCUUAAUAACUUGCCAGAUUCCUGUUAAUUUUAUUUUCGAAGCAAUUAUUAAAUAUAUGUUAAGGAGCAAUUUUAACCAAAAGCUCAAGCACUACUUUCUGAAGCUUAGUUCACAUUUUUCCUAUCUUUCAGAAAAUUCAUUUGACAAGAGCGUCUCCCUUAUUGCUUUCAUAGUCAAUGCAAAUACAGCCAUUAUUAAGUAUAACUUGGCCAAGAAGUAG